AAGGUGAAAAGUUAGAGACGUUACAAUGCACUUAUUUCGUGAAAUAAUACUUUGUUAGAUCAGUACAUUUUUCCAGUGAAUAGAUUCCACCCGAAGAGAGUUACAAGUAUUGUUGAUCCAUCUACUAGCAGGUGCAAUGUAACCUGUUAAUCGGACUCAAAACAUUUUGCAUUUUCAAAUUUCCUGGACUUGGUAAUAGAUGGAAGUUAGAACCAGAUUGAGGAAUAAGGUGGCUGUUUCAGCUGUUCAUCUUGAGAUCCAGAAGCAGAAUUGUGGGAAUCUGUGUUGUCUUCAUGAAAGAGGAUUUCUUUCUUUUGCAUUCCAUGCCUGUUCUACAUUGCUUACCCAGUUAAUUCAGAAGUUGUGUGUUGUAUCCACAUGUUGUUACAAUGAAGACAGUAAGAUCACUUUUUGUUUCCAGGAAACAUUGGAUUUUAGCCUUUUUGUGUGUGGUCAUAGGCCACCACUCACUACAUUUCCGAGACAAAUGGGCAUAUGUCUGACCUCCAGUAAAAACCAACUUGUAUUUCCUUUGAAAUAUACAAGAUGUCUGUCGUCACACUUUCUUUUGGUCACCAAUAAGCAAGCAUUGCAUGUAUCUCACAAAAAUCUCGCAUACUUAAUUGUUCAUGUCACACAAGAAGAAAAAGACACAUGAGCCCACUCCAGAAGUGAAUGAAGAAACAAAGAAACUAAAUGAUGAAGACACAGUUAAGCACGGAGGUUGGUGGAAAGCUGGAUCAAUUUGUGAUGUACAUGGACCAGUUGCUCUUGAAUUUGGAAAUCAGACUUAUGCAAAGGCAUUAGAUGAUGGCCUCUUUAUGCUAGGUGCACCACAUCCUGAAGGUGAAGGUCCAUCUCCAGAAGAAAUUCUGUCUGCUCUUAUAAUUGAUGACACAAAAAUCGCUUUAAAAUCAGGCUAUGGCAAAUAUCUAACUGCCUGUAAAGAUGGAAAAGUGACUGGACGAUCAGCUGCAUGUGGACCUAUGGAGCAGUGGGAACCAAUUUUCCAGGAUGGAAAGACAGCACUUCUUGGAUAUUCUGGUUGCUUUAUGAGUGUAUCAGAGGAUGACAUGCUCAUGGCUGUGAAUCGUGUUGUUGGGCCUAAUGAGGUUUUGCAAAUUCGUUCUUGUGCAGUCCAAGAAGCUCCAAAAACUUCAAGUUUGCCUGCAGAAGAGGAAGGAAAUGUUAAACAAGUAGAAAUCAAUUUUGUGAAAAAAUUCCAGAAGUUUCAAGAUAAAAAACUGCGCCUAAAUCCAGGUGAUUAUAAGGAAGUAAAAAAAGCCAGAAAAGAAGGAACCCUUCAUGGAGUGCUGCUUGACCGCCGAGCAAAGAUGAAGUCGGAUCGAUAUUGUAAAUGAUUGGGAUGUAGUAUGCAGAUUGCUAAUAAAUCUGUUUCAUUGAUAAAACUGUUGAGUGAUGCAAUCUGUGUGUGCCAUAAUGACGAUCUGCGACUGGUUUUCUGCUGAUUCCUGAAAAUAUCCACUGUUCAUUAGUUUUAUUUCUUGUAUGUGUUAACAGUUCUCUAUAUUUAGUGGAAAUUGUAUGUGUAAAUGUCAGUAGAUUAUUUUCACAGUCACAUUAUAUAAUAUUUCACUUGUACAUUUUUCAUUAUGUGAUGAAUUUUGUAAAAGAUCUCUACAAAAAUAGUAAAAGUAAAAUAAAACACAGCCACAUUCAUUUAUUGUCUUCUGAAACUACUGACAGCAUGUAAGAAUUCCAAAUAAUAACUGAUAAAUUUCCAUGCAGAUGUAUCUCAUAUAAAUGUAUUUUGGAUCACUUACACUUUUCUUUUAUGCCUUUCAUUGUGAAUAAAUAAAAUUUCAACAAAU